GUGCAUCAUGAGCAGCAGCUACAGCGUCUCUCUGGCUGGCCCCGCCCCCUGGGGCUUCAGACUGCAAGGGGGGAAGGACUUCUGUUUGCCCCUCACCAUCUCACGGCUGAAUGAAGGGGGCAAGGCAGUCAAAGCUGGGAUGAGCAUCGGAGACAUCAUCCUUUCUAUUAAUGGGAUUUCCUCAGAACGCAUGAAUCACCUCGAGGCCCAGAACAAGAUUAAGGCCUGUACAGGCAACCUCAGCUUGACUCUACAGAGACCCUCCACUGGCCCUAAAGAUGAAGUGCACAAGGAGGAACCUCAGGAAAUCAUUAAGCCUGUGCCAAUCACUCAGCCUGCUCCGAGCACCGCUUUCACCAAGCCACUAAAUCAGGCCAGUCCUGCAUACAACAAGACCGCUCGGCCGUUUGGGGGUGGUAGCAGCACCGGGGUCACGGCGUCUUCCUCCCCAGCUGCUCCCAAAGUCGCCUCUAUUCCCUCUGAGUCGUCAGCUUUCACCCCAGCUGCCCCCUCUCAACCACCGCAGCCUCCAUUUGCACUGAAGUCCAGCUCGGCUGCAGCGAACCCAGCUCCCAAAAUGAGCCCCGGCCACUCCGCCUUCACUUCCCCGUCUGCCUCCUCCACCUCCUCCACUUCAUCUAACUCCUCAUCCCAAGCCAAAGUGACAGCCCCCUCCUCCCAUCCUAAUGUCCCACAGUCCUCCGUCUAUAACACGCCUAUCAACCUGUACUCCAAUGCCAAUGCUUCUGAAGUAGCUAUGGGACAGAGGCGGGGGCUUUUGGAGAGCCAGGGGCUUUCAGAUCAUGUUAAUGGGAAACCUGUUGUGGAACCUGAGAAUAACGCCUCCCUCAUGAGUGAUGCAAGCAAGAAGCGCCUGAUUGAGGACACGGAGGACUGGCACCCGCGGACUGGUACCACCCAGUCUCGCUCCUUCCGCAUCCUUGCCCAGAUGACUGGAACUGAGAAAGAACAAACAUUGGAGAACAAUGGAAAGAAUGAGGCUGUCGAUAAAACCACUCCCGCUGUGCACACAUCGCCUGCAGCAAAAAUGUUUUCCAAAUCUGCCGUGGCACCGAAGAACGGUAACGUCGUCCCUGCUUCUACAUACAAGAGUCCAGCAGCCCAGAAUAAACCCUCCUUCCAGCCUGGAGCUCCAUCAGGCGCUCCUAAAUUGGGUGCAGGUCCUUCAUUUGGAAAAGUUACCACUCCUGCUGCAAAAGGAGCAGACCGUCCCACUCCACAGCCUCAUCCAGAGGACCUGAACUCUCUGGUGCAGCGUGCUGAGCACAUCCCAGCUGGUACCCGCACCCCCAUGUGCUGCAAGUGCAAUAAAGUCAUCAGAGGCCCGUUCCUCGUGGCCAUGGGCAUGUCGUGGCACCCCGAGGAAUUCAACUGUGCUCACUGCCACUCCUCCCUGGGAGAACGUGGAUUCGUGGAAGAGAAGAACCAGGUGUAUUGUGUGCGCUGCUAUGAACAGUUUUUUGCUCCAACCUGCGCCAGCUGCCACCAGAAGAUUCUUGGGGAAAUCAUGAAUGCCCUGAAACAGACCUGGCAUGUGUCUUGUUUUGUCUGCACCGCUUGCCAACAGCCAAUCAGGGGCAACACGUUUCACAUGGAGGACGGGCAGCCAUACUGCGAAAGAGACUACUACACCAUGUUUGGGACCAACUGCCAUGGUUGCGACUUCCCCAUUGAGGCGGGAGACAAGUUCCUGGAGGCUCUGGGAUUCACCUGGCAUGACACCUGUUUUGUGUGUGUGGUCUGCUCCACUAGUCUGGAAGGCCAGCCUUUCUUUUCCAAAAAAGACAAGCCCUUGUGCAAGAAACACGCCCACUCUGUCAACAUCUGAUCUGGCCUUCUGAAAAUGAAAAUAAACUAGAACAUCAUCAGUUUGCAGAAUUGUAUUGGAUGUAAAAGAUUUCCACAACAAAGCAAAUCGAUUUUAAUGGAAUGACAGCUGAUUUAAUGUGCUGCUGGAAGCUUUGUUUUCUUUUCCAAGUAUUUUGUUGGUUUGCUCUUGUCAUUUCUAACUCUGCUCUUUAGCUAAAUGUGCUAAUUUGAGUACAUCUCCGUUCACUGUUAGUAUUUGUGCAAACAAAUUUUAAUACAUAUUUGGGAUUAGGCUUUUUCUUCCUGCCAGAGCUUUAAGGUCAUCAUAACUUGUGUUCAGCACAGAAUGGAAGAGCUGACUGCAGUAUCCUACUGAACCCCCUCAGGGGGUCUUACUUUAGAAAAGAUUACAACAAUAAAAGACCUAUUUAUUAGAAAACAAGAUUCACGUUGUUUGGACACAAAAAGGGAAUGAUUAUCAGAGUUUUGUGUUUUUGUUGUUUGGUUUUUAGUCAUUCCUAUUAGAUAAAGUAAUUUUUAGAAGUGUGCAAUUUAUACAUGUUAGAUUUGUUAUAUUGUUAAUGCAUUGAGAAAUGUUUAAAAAAGCUCAGUAAUGACGAAACACAUCAAGUAUUAGCAUCUGGUUUAGUUUGGUACUGUCCACAGCUUAUCAGAUCAAUGAGCAGGUAAAACUGUUAGCUUCUUGUGUUAAUAUGCUUAUUGUUAGCUUCUUGUGUUGAUAUGCUUAAAGAAAUAUAAACAUAAGACAAAGAAAAUUUCCCUUCUGACAUGUUAUAACCCAUUGAGGCUUUUGUGAUGAUUUAAUGGAAUUUGCUCAAUAAAGAUAAAUUUUAAUAUACA